AUGGCAGCAAAGGGAGCUGGCAUGGCAAACAAAGGCCCAUCCUACGGCAUGAGCCGACAGGUUCAGGAUAAGAUCGAGAGCAAGUAUGACCAGGAAUUGGAGCAGAUUCUGGUGGAGUGGAUCAGCCGCCAGUGUGGCUCUGGCGUUGGAAGGCCAGAGUCAGGCAAAACUGGAUUCCAGGCCUGGCUGAAAGACGGAUGUGUCCUGAGUGAACUAAUAAACAGUCUUUUUACUGGAGACAAACCUGUGAAGAAGAUCCAGACCUCAACCAUGGCCUUCAAACAGAUGGAGCAGAUCUCUCAGUUCCUCAGUGCUGCUGAGAAAUAUGGUGUCACAAAGACUGACAUGUUCCAAACUGUGGACCUCUGGGAAGGUAAGGAUCUGGCAGCAGUGCAGAGGACCCUGUCAGCUCUUGGCAGCUUGGCCGUCACCAAGGAUGAGGGCACGUACCAGGGUGAUCCAAACUGGUUUUUCAAGAAAGCACAGGAGAACAAGCGAGAAUUUUCAGAUGAUCAGAUGAAGGCGGGCAAAAAUGUGAUUGGACUCCAGAUGGGGUCAAACAAGGGAGCCAGUCAAGAAGGGAUGAGCUAUGGAAGACCGAGACAAAUCCUGUAA